AUGCAGGAAUCAAUCGAUCCAAUAUCCCCAACGAAGUAAACGACACUAAAUAGCUUGACUCACAACUCACCAAAACGACACCGCCACAUAAAGCAGCAGAAGCAGGUAUUUGCAGAGAGCAGAGCAAAAUGGGCGAUGAAGCUCAGAGAGCUAAGAGAGAGGCGGCGGCGUCCUACGACUACGACGGCGAUUCUCGAUGGGCCGAUUAUUGGGCCAACGUCCUCAUCCCUCCCAACAUGGCCUCCCGCCCUGACGUCAUCAACCACUUCAAGCACAAAUUCUACCAACGCUACAUCGAUCCCGAUCUCGUCGUAGAGCCAAUGUCUUCUACCAGUAGUUCGCGUUCUUCUUCAACCACCUCGUCUUCCACUACUUCAUCCAACACAGGCGUUCGUUCACGAAGUAAUUCAGGUAGAUCUUCGGGUUCGGGAACAUAUGCGACGCAAGCUCCUAAUGCAGCACCUUUGCGUUGGGAUCGCCAAACCGUUCAGUUUUCUGUUAAUGCUUGGGUUUUUGUUGUGGCUGCCCUUUCACUCAUUCCACUGGUGCCAGGACAUCUUUCUAAUAGGGCUUAUCGACUUUCUUUUUUGGGUACCACAUGCUCUUCUCUGUAUUCCUUGUACUCAUUAUAUGGGAAACCAACAGCAUGGAAUUUGCAGGGAUUGCAAAUUUACUUUCAGACAAUAAUUGCAACAAAAGAUUUUAUAACCUUCGUCUACUGCCUUUCAUUUGUUACUUCUCAUCUUUGCCUCAAACUUGCAUUGAUCCCUAUCAUUUGUCGGGCAUUAGAACAUGUUGCAAAGUUCCUUAGACGCAAUUUCAGCCGCUCUACCUUGUACAGGAAAUACUUGGAAGAGCCAUGUGUUUGGGUGGAAUCGAACAAUACUACCCUCAACAUACUCGCAUCACGUGGCAGCGCAAUAUAAUACAGACAUUUAUGUACUGGCAGCUUUUGAAGCUCAUGUAUCAAGCUCCUGUUACCUCUGCUUAUCAUCGGAAUGUAUGGGCUACAAUUGGGAGGACGUUUAUCCCGAUUAUCCACCGCUAUGCACCAUUCCUGGAUGGUCCAAUCUCCGCAGUCCAAAGGUGGUGGUUCAGGUAGAUCCUCGGGAAACUGGAAGAUUCAAAGACAAUAAUAUUAUUUGGAAAUUUCGUAGAAACACCUUAUACAAGUGACUUCAUAUGAAGGCCCAAGUAGCCAUUUUGACAUCUAAAAUCUUGAAACAGAAAGUGAUUUCAUAUGAAAGAUCAAAGUAGGCAUUUUGGUCACAGUAAGUAAUAGAGAACUGGAAAUAGUUCUUACGGGUUGAAUAAGGGUCUAACACUGAAUGACCAAUUUCAUUUGCAUUAGUGCUUGGUUUAAUGAUUUAAUCUAUACAGUUCUUCUAUGAUGGUGAUCACAUUAUUGUAUUUCUGUUUUUUCAUGAGAAAUAGGAAGGAUAGGUGAUUACAAUUGAAGUUGCAACUUUGGUAAAUUAGUUGAAGCUGAGGCUCAAUGCCAGUCUUAGUCUUA